CCCGAGCCGCCGGCGCGCGGCUGCGCACUGGGAACAGCCGUGCCGCUUCCGGGAGCCUGACCUUCCGGGAGAGCGGGGGCGGCUGGAGCGGGGCAGAGCCGUGAGGGAGUGCGGCACGGACAGCAGCGAAGAUGUCAGCACCAACGAUGGAGGAGCGGAAGGCGUGCUGGGGAGCACGGGACGAGCUGUGGCAGUGCUUGGACAGGCACACAGAGGAUGAUGCCAAGUGCAAGGAGCUGCGGCUGGCCUUCGAGGCGCGGUGCCCGCAGCAGUGGGUAAAGUAUUUUGACAGAAGAAGAGACUUUUUAAAAUAUAAAAAAAAGCUUGAAACAGAAGGGUAUCAUCCUCCAGAAGCUGCUGGAAAGUCUUAAGUACUCUGCUUUCAAAUUAAAUCUAGUGAGAAGUAACUAUGGAAGGAGGAAGCAUGGGAAAGCAACAGAAGCUACUUGAGCUCAAGAACUGGUAACCUUACUGCCUUCCCUGAACUGCAGGCUGCUGUUGCUGUUGCAUGGUUUCAUGCGUCUGUUGAGAAGAGAUGAUCACGGACAGCUUUCUCGUGACUAUAAGUCAAAGAAAUAUGGUGCCGGACUGUCCACAAAUUUAAGGUUUGCAAUGUAUAAUUAGUCAAAUUUUUUCACAGGAAUAAACAAUUAUUUAAUAGUGUAAUGUGCAU